UGGUUCCUUCGUUCGAUUUCCAUUUCAGUAGAGUAGAGUUGAGCGACACGAGAGGAUUAACGAAAAAUCGUCGUCUAGUUUUCACGUUAUCUAGGGAACGGUGCUGUUUGGAUUUCGUUUCUUUGAGAAGCGUUGAUGGAUAUAGACAUGGUGUGAUUUAUUAACAUCAUGGAAGAGAUUAUUUGACCUGUGAUAUGUGUGGUUCCUUUGAAUGAUACAUUUUUUUAAUUGAAAGCAAUCUGUGAUAUUUUGCUCAGUAAUAAAUUAAAAUGCCGCCCGUGACUAGAAACGAUCUGCAGUUGUCAGAUGAAGACUCAGACGAUGACAAUGAUGAGAAGGCACCUUUAGUUGAAAAUCCUUAUGAUAAGAGUCGUAAAGAAGACCUGAAAGGAUGGGAUGUGUUCAUCGUCACUCCACCAGAGGAAGAGGACGAGACGGCGACCUCCAAAGCCAUCGACAUCACCCUCAAGCUUAUGAAAGUGUUUGUGUAUAUUGUUACAUUCAGUGUAGUAAUCGUGUCUGCAGUGAUUGCAAAAGGGACUUUCUUUUUCAUGACAUCCCACAUACGAGAAUCGAAAACCAUACCCGUCUGCAGGAGAGGACUAGGCUUGGAUCGUGAUAGAGAUUAUGAAGUCAUUUUGCCUUCCAUACAGAGGGUGGCAUGGAUUUGGGGUAUCUUUUUUGUUUUAACCAUUCCCGAAUUCUUCACAUUAUUUCGAAGUUUUCGAAUAUGUGUUUUCAAGUCAUACAAGAAGCCAAAACUUCUCUCCUUCAUCUCGAUAUUUAUUGUAGAAACUCUUAGCACAAUUGGAUUGUGCCUUCUUGUCUUUGUCGUCUUGCCAGACUUAGAUGUGAUCAAGGCUGCCAUGCUUACGAACUGCGUCUGCUUCGUUCCAGCAGUCAUGAGCCUCCUUGCUCGCAAUUCCGAAGAAGCAAAACGGCCGCUCAAAAUAGUGUUCGAUAUGAUGGCCAUAGUGUUUCAAGGAAGUGCUCUGGCAGUGUGGCCGGUCACAGAAAGUGGUCCAAACACUUGGUGCAUACCACUUUCAGUGGUUUUGGUGUCCAUGCGAUGGUGGGAGAACUAUCUGGACAAGAAAUCCCCCAUAUCUUUGAUCCGCAAGCUCAGCGUCAUAAAAGAUGAUCUAAGAAAGAGUCGCUAUUUUACUUAUGUGUUUAUGUCUAUGUAUAAAAUGGUUUUAAUCCUAUGUGCCAUGUUUGGAUUCUUGCACUUGACGAUGGAAAACGCAACACUAAUCUUCAAAGGAUUUUCGCUCAGUUUCCGCAGUCAUCCUAUUCAAGUCCAGCAAAUAAGGAGGACAAUUCUGCUUGCAAACAUGCCUGAUGUACCGACUGCCAGUCCUCUUGAUGAGCAAGUAUUCAUCACUUCUGAAGCCAUGGCUCCCAUCCAUGUGGCAUUGAUUCAAAUCAGUGCAGCUCUGAUAUGUUAUGUAUUUGCCAAAUUUGCAUGCAAAAUUUGUAUACAAGGAUUCAGUUUUGCAUUUCCCAUCAGUUUGACGAUUCCCGUUUCCAUAUCGAUGUUGAUUGCUGCUUGUGGGAUAAGAACGGAGGAUGAAUGCUUUUUCGAAUCUUUUAUUCCCAAGUAUUUGUUUUGGACCUGUCCACAAGGAAAUUUUCUUCAGGAAUUUGUCUCGGAUAAAUUUGCAUGGAUCUGGUUGCUUUGGCUUCUCUCACAAACUUGGAUAGCUGUACAUAUAUGGACACCUAAAUGCGAACGUCUGGCAAGUACUGAAAAGUUGUUUGUUAAUCCUAUGUACUGUGGUGCCCUGAUAGAUCAGUCAUUAGCUAUGAAUAGAAGGAGAGAUGAUGAAGGCGAAAUAAAAAGUGAAGAAUUGGAUCUAGAAAACAAAGACGACAACGACAUUUCGCAAUAUUACGAAACGAUUUCCAUCCGAAGCGAGGCAUCAAGCAGCCCAUCCGGAAAGAACGUCCCUGUCAAAGGGUCAGACCACAUCACAAGGAUCUAUGCUUGCGCUACCAUGUGGCAUGAAACGGCCGAAGAAAUGUUGCAGAUGUUGAAAUCCGUUCUGAGGAUGGAUGAAGACCAGUGUGCUCGAAGGAAUGCUCAAAAAUAUCUCAGAAUUGUGGAUCCAGAUUACUAUGAAUUUGAGGUCCAUGUUUUCUUCGAUGAUGCAUUCGAACUCUGCGAUGGCGAUGAUGAAGAAAUGGUGGUCAACAGAUUCGUCAAGCUGCUUAUCCAGAUUAUGGACACAGCUGCCAGUAACGUUCAUCAAUGUAACAUCAAACUGAAGCCCCCGAAGAAGAUCCCAACACCGUACGGAGGCAAGCUUAUCUGGACGAUGCCUGGCAAAAACAAGCUCAUUGCCCAUCUCAAGGACAAAAUGAAAAUCAGGCAUAGGAAACGGUGGAGUCAGGUGAUGUACAUGUACUAUCUCCUGGGCCAUCGCCUCAUGGAAUUGCCUGUGGACGUGAACCGGAAGGCAACCAUGGCCGAGAACACAUUCGUACUGGCUCUGGACGGGGACAUCAACUUCAGACCCCACGCAGUUCAACUGCUGGUAGAUUUGAUGAAGAAGAACAGGAACCUGGGAGCAGCCUGCGGAAGGAUACACCCCGUGGGCUCAGGUCCCAUGGUAUGGUAUCAGAAAUUCGAAUACGCUAUCGGCCAUUGGCUGCAAAAGGCAACUGAACACAUGAUCGGAUGUGUACUCUGUAGCCCGGGUUGUUUCUCCCUUUUCAGGGCAAAAUCACUCAUGGACGAUAAUGUUAUGAAAAGAUACACAACGACAUCUGAUGAAGCUAGGCAUUAUGUGCAGUACGAUCAAGGGGAAGAUCGAUGGUUAUGUACUUUGCUACUUCAGAGAGGAUACCGAGUCGAAUACAGCGCAGCCUCAGACGCAUACACCCACUGUCCUGAAGGAUUCGGAGAGUUCUAUACCCAAAGAAGAAGAUGGGCUCCAUCCACUAUGGCCAAUAUCAUGGACUUGUUGCAAGACUAUAAGGCGACCAUUGCCAUCAAUGACAACAUCUCCUUCCCUUACAUCAUCUAUCAGGGAAUGUUGAUGGUCGGUACUGUCCUGGGUCCUGGAACAAUUUUCCUUAUGUUGGUGGGUGCUAUGGUGGCCGCCUUCAAAAUCUCCAAUUGGUAUUCUUUCUACUACAACAUCAUUCCAAUCCUGAUCUUCAUGUGCGUGUGUUUCAUUUUCAAGAAUGACAUACAGAUUUUAGUGGCUCAAGUGAUGAGCGCUGCCUAUGCGCUUUUCAUGAUGGCUGUCCUGGUAGGUACAUCCAUCCAGCUGUCGGAAGACGGUAUCGGAUCGCCAUCAGCUAUUUUUCUUAUAGCGUUGUCGGGCAGUUUCUUCAUAGCGGCCGUGCUUCAUCCGCAGGAAUUCUGGUGUGUGGUACCUGGCUUAUUAUACUUUUUAAGCAUCCCGUCUAUGUACUUGUUGCUUAUCAUCUAUUCCUUAAUAAACUUGAACGUUGUCACUUGGGGAACAAGAGAAGUACAGGCGAAGAAAACGAAGAAAGAAUUGGAAGAAGAAAGGAAAGAACAAGAGGAACUCUUAAAAAAGAAGAAGAAUCCUGAUUUGUUAUCAUUCUUAGGACUCGGUGGCGGAGACAAUGAAGAAGGCAGCAUCACUCUAAGCUUAGCAAAUCUCUUCACCUGCAAAUUCUUCACGUACCCCAAAUCGAAUGAAGACAAAGUGCACCUCUUGCAGAUCAGUGAGCAGCUGGAGCAGGUGAACAAGAAAAUUUCCGGGCUCGAAAGAUCAUUGGAAUUGGCUCGUGUUGUACCUCCUCGGCAUAGAAAGACAUCCAUUGGUGGCAGAGGAUCCGUGAAAUCGGAAGCUGGGCUCGAUGCUGUCAAUGAAAACGAUAACGAUGAGGAAUUCAAUUCCGAUUCAGAUGCAGAUCACAGUGAAAGAUUGGAACCUAAACAAGAAAGAGACGAUCUCAUCAACCCUUACUGGAUCGAAGAUAAAGAUCUCAGACGAGGCGAAGUGGAAUACUUGGCACCAGCAGAAAUGCAAUUCUGGAAGGAUCUCAUUGAGAAAUAUCUUUUCCCUCUGGAUGAAAACAAAGAACAGAAAGCUCGUGUGGCAUCGGAAUUGAAAGAACUCAGGAACAAAGUGGUAUUCGGGUUCUUUAUGUUCAACGCUCUCUUCAUUCUUAUCGUGUUCCUUAUGCAACUGAAUAAGGAUCUCUUGCAUUGGGACUGGCCAUUGGGGGUGAAGACCAAUAUCACUUAUAACCCAGAAACAAGUGAAGUAAGAAUUGACAAAGAAUUUCUACAGCUGGAACCAAUCGGUUUGGUAUUUGCUGUCUUCUUCGCUCUUAUUUUGAUCAUCCAGUUCACUGCUAUGUUGUUCCAUCGAUUUGGUACGUUGUCCCAUAUCAUGGCGUCUAUAGAGCUUAGUUGCUUUAAUCAAAAGGUUGAAGAUAUUAGUGAUGAUGCUUUCAUCGAUCGUAAUGCUGUCCAGAUAGCCAAACAACUGCAACGGCUGAGGGGUAUCGAUGACGAUGAAACAAAGAGCGAAGAUUCAACUUAUGGAGAUAGACUGGCUCGAAGAAAGACCAUACAAAAUCUAGAAAAACGUAAAAACCAGAGAAGCCGAAUUGGUACGCUAGACGUCGCCUUCAGAAAACGAUUCAUGAACAUAAAUGCGCAGGAAUCGGAACUAAAAGUAGCUCCUACACCAGUUCUAAAUGGACUACAUCGACUUGGACGCAACAGAGAUACACUUAGAGCCUUAGAGGUACGACGGAAUCACAUUCUUAGCAAUGGACCAAAAAUGGAAACCCUCGGAGCAAAGAAUGAUUUUGUGGUCAGAAAUGGCAACAGGCCGAGAACUACAGAAGGCAGAAGAAUUGAUGAGAUAUUUUCUGGUCGACCUAAUGGCAAUGGAAAUAUCAACAUGGCAAUGAGUGAUGAAUCAGAUAUCGAAUCUGGUAGAGGAAACGUCCGAAUGGAGAACUAUGGUUCUCGAAAUAGCCUAGCAAGUUAUCGAGAAGAAUCAGAAACAAGGAGAAGAAGUCAAACUCACAUUUAAAAUAGCCUUUAAAAAAAAUAAAGUUCUUCCACGAAGAUUCUUCAGCGGUGCUAAGUCAGAAAGAUUAAAAGAUGAAUAAUUACGACGUGCGUUUCGCUUUCAAAAAACAUGUUUUAAAUAAAUACGACUAUUGAAACAGAUAUGUCGGUGGCUAUCUUAUUUUUAACGAAACGUUUUAACAGCUUAACUUUCAUAAUUAUUGCCUUAUUGUAUAUAAGUUUAAGAUGGUUUCAAGCACACUGCACUGCCAACGUUUGAUCAGAGCUUUCGAAAAAUACGUAAUGUAUUUUUUUUUAAAUUGAAUAUCUAACAAAGAAGACAUUUGGAUGUGCUUUCUUGGCAAUUUAAAACUGAUUGGGUGGACUUUGGAUCGAAAAAGCUGAAUUUCAUUCAAUCCGUAAUAAUGAACUUUUUUUCAUCUUUAUUCUCCUAAAUAAUAAAGGAUGGAAACUAAGAAUAUUUACUAUUUUGAAGAUAUGAAUCUAAUCUUAAAAAGGGAAAAAAAUUGGAAUAUUUUGUUCAAAUCUUGUCAUUAGGUAUUAUUUGUAAUGUGUAUUUGUGUAUUCUUUAUAUCUGCCUGUAAUAUCAAAUUAACUAUUAGCUCGCCCCUCCCUCCCCCCGAAAAAAUAAAGUAAAAGUACUCUGGAAUUUGCAAGAAAUUAGAUGAGGAUAAAAUGAAGUUUAAUUUAAAAAAUUAAUGUUUUUUUUAAUGGAAAAAUUCAUGAUACUUUAAUUUUUUGUUGGCAUAACUGGUGUUAGUUGCGUGAAGUGUCUGCAAAGUAAACAUUUUUGAAGUUUCUUUAAUAAUAAAUUUAGAUAUCUGACAUGAAUACCUCAUGUCAUCCCUCGAUCAUAAUCGCAAAAUAAUGAUUCACAUUUAUAAAUGUAGUUUUUAGGAAUUUCUUUUUUUCUAAUGUACUCCUUUCUUAACGAAACUUCUGUUUACAACUCCUUCAGAUAUUUUUGACACUCAUUUUAUCCUCACAAUAAUUUUAUAAAUAAUGGGAAUUUUCUUGCGAGUUUGAAAGUUCUUUUAUUUCACUGAACUCCUCUGAACAGAACCCGAUAUCGGUUUUUAAUUAAAUAUCUUGCAUUACAAUAUACUUUUUUGGAGCAAUGUAAUUUUAACAUGAUUAAAAAGCUC